AUGAAUGACGAAACACCAACUGCCAGCACCUCAACAGGUUCGCUUACUUUCUCCAAUGCCAUGCUAUCUCCAGUCGCUGCAUUUUGGCCGACUGAUCCCGUUGUCUGGUUCGCACAGGUGGAAGCCCAAUUUUUAACACGCAAUAUCGCAUCUCAAGUCACCAAAUAUGCCUACGUGGUGGCUUCACGGCAACCUGAAAUUGCACAAGAGGUACGCGACCUGCUUGUCAAUCCUCCUACAGCAGAGCCGUACGAUCAACUCAAAGCAGAACUGAUUAAGCGCAUUUCAGCUUCUGAGCAAAAACGUUUUCACCAGCUUUUGACUUCAGAGAAACUUGGUGAUAGAAAGCCCUCGCAACUUCUCCGCAAAAUGCGACAACUUCUUGGUGACAAUCGUUUAGAAGACAGCCUAUUGCGAAAGAUAUUUCUAAAUCGGCUGUCUAUCAACGCUCAGCUAAUUUUAGUCUCUACUCCCGAAUCAGUUUCCACUGAAAAUCUAGCAACACUUGCUGAUAAAAUAAUGGAAGUGGCUAUUCCUUCACCCCCGUUGCUGCUUUUGCUGCCUCCAACACAACACCACCAAGCGAAGUUGCCGAACUCCGUCAGCAAAUAA